AUGGAAAACAAGAGCACCAAGCCAGUGAAGAAAGGAAAAGAAUCAAAAUCCAUGGCCAAUAUCCCACCACAAAGAGGUCAGAUCAAAGCUAGAAUAUUUGGGGAACUGAUAGAGACUCUGAGCAGCAUAGCAGGAGGAGCAGGAGCAAAGUGUGUUACGGGUUCAUCAAGUGGCUACUAUUCUGAUGAGAAACACUAG